AUGUCCCAGCCCAAGGCCCAACCAGUGGCUGCAGUUAUCCAACAAAUUGAUUUUCCGGCACCGUCGACGACAGACAGAGAGAUGGCUGCGACUGGAAGCUGUAGAACCACCACUUUCUUCCUCCUCUCCGCCCCAAAACCACCCCCUCCGCCGCACAAAUUCUCCCCAUCACCAAAGCAUUUUCACCUCUGUUCUCACAGUCAAUUUCCUCUCUCCGCAUCAGCCAACCCCAAAUUUUUACUUGAAAUGACUUUUGGAAAAUUCUCUCUCGGCAGUGAAAAUAAACAGAGCUCUAUGGAGAAAAAUAACAAUAGCAACGAGCAAAACCAGGUAAAGGAUGAUGGAGCUUCAAAUAUGAGACAAGGGACGCAUGAAUUAGCUUCAACAUCGACACAAAGGUCGCGUUUUCCACCAGGCUACCGUUUCAUGCCCACCGACCAUGAACUCAUCGUUGACUACUUGAUGAAGAAAGUCAACAAUGACCCAAUUCCAGUUGAUGAGAUGAGUGAAGUUGAACUUUACCUCUGGUCUCCUGAGUCCCUCGCUGAGAGAUACCCUCAACUUGGGGACAAAGAAUGGUACUUCUUCACUCCGCGUGACCGUAAGUAUCCUAACGGGAGCAGGCCGAGUCGGUCAGUCAAAGAAGGAGGCUAUUGGAAGGCUACGGGUGCCGACAGAACAAUUUUCUCAGGUCGUGGCGAAAUAAUCGGAAGGAAAAAGGCUCUUGUUUUCUACAUGGGAAAUCCAAAGCCCGGAGAAGGAAAAAAAACCAAUUGGAUCAUGCAUGAGUACAAGCUCAACACUCCUUCCAAGAGCCCCAAUUGUAAUGAUAUGAGGUUAGAUGAUUGGGUCCUAUGCCGGAUCUACAAAAAGCCGGAAAGGUCGAAUAAAAAGCAAAGGGAUGUCGAUGACAGUGUUCCUGACGAUGAGGAGUCCAGCAUGCUGGAGUCCCCAUUGUUAGGCGAUAACAGUGAAUUGGAAGACGACAACAAAGGCAAUAUUGUGAUCAUGGAAGAUGACAACAAAGGCAUUGUGGUGAUGGAGCAAAUGGCCGAACAGAGUCCGAUGAUCACGAGCAACGAUAAUGGCAUUAGAGAUGUGAAUGUUUACCACCAAAACCAGUUGUUGUCGGACAACAGUUACCAGUUGUCGACUAACCGUUACAGCAUGAACUUCCCAUACGUAGCCGACCAUUUUGGUAAUAAUAUUGAACAUUAUUAUAAUCAUGGGAUGUUGCAUAAUCAUAAUCCUUACUUUGUGAGCAGACAACCACCUAUAUUGGGCUUCUAUCACCAUAAUCCAUUGGGAUUCGUGUGGCCGCAUGAGAGUAGUAGCUAUGUUCCACUACAACAUAACUUGGAUAUUAGCGACAUGGAAUUUGUUGAUCAAUGUUUAAGGACCAACGAGGGUGAUGAGGCUCCUAAUGGUGGAGACAGCCAAAAUCCCGAUUGCACGCCCCUCCAGUAA